AUGAUGAGGACAAGAAAUUUACAAAAGGCCAUCUUAUUGGCACUAUUCGUUGCUGUGGUUCAUGGUCAGAGCGUCCGGCGAAAGGGCGGUGGGAUCAAGAAAUCCUCCGUCAAACUGCCGCCGAAAUCCAGUCGAGUGCGAGGCAUAAAAGGAGCAAGAUCGCUCGGUGGCAGUAUCCUGAUUGGAGGAAGAGAAACCGGCAGUAUCUUGACGUCGGCACAGACACCCGACGACACAGACCGUGCCGAAGAUGCAACAUCGCAAGAGACCAUCAAUGUAGACGGCGAUGCCGAGGAAGAAUCAAGUGUGCACGUGGGAAGUAUCUUGAAAGCAUCCACCAAAAAGGAAGAAGAAGAUCGAUUUUUCGGAGAUGUUGAAGAUGUGGAAGGAGCAGGAGAAAACGUUGUCAUGAUGGCGGUGAAUCUUGUGGCCGAUACCGUGCCACCAGAAACCGAAGAUCCGGAACUUGUUAUAACUACGACAACAGCUCCAACUGAGGUUGACAGCGUGGAUGAGGGUGUUCCUAAUUUUGAGUUGGAAGAAGAGGGAGAUACCGGAAUCAUUGGCGGAAUCACAGCAAAUGACGAUGAAUUCCCAUUCUAUGUCAAGUUUGAAGGUGGCACUCUCUGUGGUGGAUCCCUGAUUAGUCCUGACACUGUGCUGACAGCAGCCCAUUGUGUGGACCAGGGACCACCCAGGCAAGUGCGGAUUGGUCCCAACAGCUACUACGGUGGAGAAGUGAUCGACACAAAGUGCGCUGCUGCUCAUCAAGACUUUAUUGAAAAUGACAAGACCCUCAUGAACGAUGUGGCCAUUAUCAAACUCAAGAACCCUGUCACGGAUACCAGCAAGCUCAUUGCGAUCAACGGUGACUCAUCGUAUCCUUCAACGAGUGGUACCCCUCUCACAGUGAUUGGCUUUGGGCUGACCAGCAACAGUGGAGGAGACGUCUCGACAUCGCUGCAGAAACUGGAAACGGACUUUGUGACGAUUGACGAAUGUGUUGAUACGUACUCGGAAAAGGUUGUCACCCCAGAUAGUCAUAUUUGUGCCGAUGUGAGAGGAGCUGGUGAUUGCAAUGGUGAUAGUGGUGGCCCUGUGUUUGAUCAAAAUCGCGUUCAAGUGGGUAUUGUCUCAUUUGGAUACGGCGGCUGUGCCUCCAACCAGUAUCAGGACGUCUAUGUGAAUAUUGCAAACUUUGCCGAGUGGAUCGUAAGACAUGCCAUGGGAGACAAUUGCAAACCUUUUGAAGGUGAACUACCACAACCAGGCGGUGGUUCUAGCAGCCAAGAAAGCUCGGGCACUACGGAUACAGGGGGGGCAGAUUCUGGCACAAACGUCGAGACCACGCCAAGUGCGGUACCGGCGCCGGCAGAAGCUGAAGAUGAGAUAACCGAAUUGGAUGCCUUUCUGGACUGUUUUUCGGCCGGCAUUCAACUUCUGCAAGUUCUGAUGGGAGGAAGCGACGGUAAGGGCGCGGGCGCAGGCGGUGGUGGCGGUGGCGGCGGCGACGGCAAGGGCAACCAGGACGAUGGAAAAGGCAAAGGAUUCUUUCGAAGCUUUGUGGACGGUGUCAUCGAGGGAGUAGGUGAUGCUCUAGAAGGGGGCGCAUUAGCUACUGCUGGGGAUGCUGGCGGACUGCGGUGA